GUCAGUCGUGACUCGUGUGGGAUGCUGUUCUAUUUAAAUCACCACUGAAACACCCAUCCCGUAGUCUCUCGAGAAACGCAGCGCGCGCCUGCAACGAACUUUACAUACACAAGAUGUCGAUGGUACCAAUGCUUUUCCGCGACUGGUGGGACGACUGGGAGAGGCCCUCGCGUCUCCUGGACCAGCACUUUGGCAUGGGCCUCAAGAGGGACGACCUGCUGUCAUCCCUCUCCACCCUGCCCCUGAGGAACUCCUACUUCCGACCCUGGAGGACGAGCCUGGCCAGACAGGAGUCAGCUUCCACUAUUAACCUGACGAAGGACAAGUUUGAAGUCAUUUUAGACGUCCAACAGUUCACCCCCGAAGAAAUCACUGUCAAAGCCAGCAACAACUGUGUAGUAGUUGAGGGCAAACACGAGGAGAAACCGGACGAACACGGCUUCAUCUCCCGCCAGUUCACUCGCAGAUACAUCCUGCCAACCGGUUAUGAUGUCGCCGAUUUAGUCAGCACUCUAUCCUCCGACGGAGUCCUCACGAUCGUAGCACCGAAACGCCAGCCCCAAGUUGCCGGUGAAAGGAUCAUUCCCAUCACCAAAACUGGCCCAGCGAAGACGCCAGAGCCCCUGAAAUCAGAGCAACCCAAGGAGCAGACGGUGCCUAUCGUCACUUCCCCUUAAAUUUUUUCCUUGUCUCACUAUCAACACUUUCCCAACCCCAAAAUAUCAUUUUUAACGACGCGAUGUUUCGAUCGAAACAUGAAUAGCAUUUAUUUUUAACAGUUGGAUGUGAAAAUUGUACUGCAAGUGGCCUUUUGCAAUGAAAAAUGUAGAGAUUCUUAAGCUAUUAGUGAUCAAAUUAUUGAGCUAUUGCUUCAUCUCACUUUCAAUUUUCUAUCCCUCACAAGCAGUACAAUUUUAUGUCUACCUCUACCCCGAUGUUGGCCAACACGGGGAACGAAUCGACAACGAAUUAUAAAAUGGAAUGAAUAACAUCACUAUUUUUGUAAUAAAAUUAAAUAAAAAAUAUUGUAAUAUAGACCA